GACAGCUAACAGCACACAGCAGAGACCAGCCAGCAAAACACAAACACAGCGGCCUGCGUUGUAUCCAGGGGUCUGGAAACUGAUGCCGUAGCAGUUUGGGAGUCUACCUGGGGUAACCUUUGGACACCGCUGGUGCUGCAGAAGAGGAACUCAUGGAUGCUGACGUUCUGGACUCAGCUCGGUCAGAACAUGGUUCACUCCUGCUGAGCCAGCUGGAAAAGAUGAGAGCAUCUGCAGAGCUGACUGACGUGGUUCUGCUGGCAGAGGGGAUCCCUUUCCACUGCCACAAGGUGGUGCUGUCUGCAUUUAGUCCUUAUUUCCAGGCCAUGUUUACAUGUGGCCUGAAGGAGACGCGGGGAGGAGAGGUGCCUCUCCGAGACACUCCUGCUCAGAGCCUGGAGCUGCUGCUGGAUUACAUGUACCGUGCUGACCUCCCGCUCUCCAACAGCAACAUACAGGGAGUGGCUGCUGCGGCCUUCCUGCUCCACGUGGACGGAGCCUUCAGGUUGUGUCAGAACCACAUGGAGGCCUGCAUGGACUCAUCCAACUGUGUUGGUUUGUACCACUGGGCUCGAGACCUCGGGGCGACGAGUCUCGCUGACUGUGCCCUGCGAUACCUCUGUCAACACUUCACACAGGUUUGCGAAGAGCAGGAAGUUCUGGAGUUGGACGCCCAAAGUCUGGGUGAUCUCUUGGGCUUGGACGACCUCAACAUAUCACAGGAGGAGGUCGUGCUGGAGUUGGUGCUCCGCUGGGUGGAAAGGCGGCGAGGCGACUCGCAGAGCGAAGCGCAGGCCGUGCAGCUGCUCAGACGAGUGCGGCUGGAGCUGGUGGAGCCUGGAUUCCUGCGCAAAGCGAGGAGGAGAAACCCAGUGCUGCUCCGUGACGCUGAGUGCUUCGGGAUGAUCGACGCCGUUCUCCAGACGUCGGGUCUCUGCGAGACCUCGGCCCCCCCGCGUCCCGCUCUCCGCUACGGCAUGGAGACGACCGACUUGCUGCUCUGUUUGGGUGGAGUGAACAUGGAGGGAGUUCCUGCCCGCCGAGGAGGAUGUGCGGACCUCAGUUUUUGCUUUGCCCCAAACGGUAGAAAGAAAUAUUUCAUCCCCUCUCCACUGAGGGGCUGUGGAGGUCGGGGGCAAAUCACAGCAGGAGCAGUGACCAGAGACAACAGCGUGGUGGUGGCAGUGGAGGCAGAAGACGAACACAGGACGAAGAAGGUUGAUGUGUACAGGUAUGAUAACUCCGAGGAGAACAGCUGGGUGAAGCUGUGCUCAGCAGCAUACAGAGACAUGUAUGCCUUGGGGCUGGUGGGAGAUGCCCUCUACUUGAUAGGAGGGCAGAUGAAAGUGCGUAAUCACUACGUUAUCACAGACAGUGUGGAGAGGUGGUCUCUGAAGAGGGGGGGCAGUUGGCUGAGCUUCGCUCCCUUGCCUCUUCCUCUAGCCUGUCAUUGUGUUGUGAGCCUGAAGGAGCGUCUCUACGUGUUGGGAGGAUGGACGCCGCAGGAGGAGCCAGAUGAGGAACCCGACAUGUUGAGUAACCGUGUGUUUCUCUUUGACCCGGGCAAAGACAGAUGGACAGAGUGUGCCAGGAUGAAAUACUCCAGGUAUCGCUGUGGAACAGCUGUCCUCAAUGGAGAAAUUUAUGUUUUAGGUGGUAUCGGGUGUGAUGGUGAGGACCGUGGACAAUCGCGUCGUUGCUUGAGCUCUGUGGAGAUCUACAACCCAGACAAGGACACCUGGAGGGCGGGACCCACUCUGCCCACAUCCCUGCUUUCUCUUCGAACCAACGCUUCAAACACAGGGGUAGUGGAGGGAAAGCUUUACCUCUGUGGAUACUACAAAGGAGCCAGCCGCCAUGAGAUCAUCACCAAGGAGAUUUUAGAAUUGGACCCUGCAGACAAUGUGUGGACGGUGGUGGAAAGACGAGCAGCCAUGCACGACAGUUACGACGUUUGUCUGGUGGCUAAUCUCAAUCCUCGAGACCUCCUCACACCUUAAUUCAUCUCUUCCUGACUCUGAGCCUCAAUGCCAGGGCCAAGAACCUC